AUGAUACAUUUGAAAGUUCCUGGCCACGGAGAUGCGCUCGAGCAUCACUACAAGUGUGCAACCGGUGUGGAGUUUUGCAAUCAAGCUCUCAAAGCCGGCCAUUCCCUAGUCGUCUUUGCACGCACACCAAGCAAGCUACCUGCCAACAUCAAGGACUCGCCAGAAGUGACUAUCGUUGAGGGCCAAUUCACCGAUCCAAAGGUCAGGGACCAAGCGCUAAAGUCUGGCGCUGACGUGCUUGCCAUAUUCGCCGGACCGGUCAAAGUGCCUAAGGGGGCGCCCCCUGCGGCCUUCUACAAGGACUUCCUGCCCCUGGUCACCCAGAAUUGCAUCAAGCGCGCACUCAUAUUAUCCACUCCCUCAUACCCAGACCCCCAGGACAAGGGUGCGUUCAAGUGGUCCGCCUCGGUGAUGCUGGUCAAGCUACUCGCCGGCAGCGCCUCCGCUGAGAUGAGGGGCAUCGGCGAGACCGUCACCGCGAUUCCCACGGACACGCUGAGGUGGACAUUGUUCCGCGUCGGGUGGCUGAACAAUGGUCCCGCCAAGCCCGUUACCGCGACGUACACUGAUUCCGGACAGGACGGACUUGGCAUCAGCAGGGUUCACUCUUCCCUUGCCAACGCCACAACGAAUAUCAUUCGCCGUAGUCGCCAUGCGUGGGACCCUAACAAUGAAGAAGUACUGGCAUAUGAGCCAAGAUACCGCUUCGAGUCUACCAGCACGGCUUUCUGUAAGAAAACUUCCGGAUACGUCUUUCUUGGUGCCGUUCCGUCGCUGGGUACUCCGUUAGAGAUCGGUAACACAAACUGGAAAUGCACAAGUACCGUUCCCAGACGGCUUGUCGAAUUGCAGUCAGGCGAGCUGUUUGGGCGUCUGAGAGCACAUAUACAAUUCUCCAGGAAAUUUGCGGCUUUGGCCGCUAUAUUCCUCCUUCUUCACCCUGUGGUCUCCAGAGACAUCAGCAACUUGACCACUACCGAAUGUGGUAUCGGCUGCUACGAAUCAGUUUGUAAUUCUACCGAGCCCACCGAAUGUGCAUGCGACACGAGCUUCGAUGACCUCGUGAGCUGCAUGUUCAAUGAGUGCCUUCUCGCAUCAGACUAUUACGUAAACUGGCGUCGUCUCCACGACAGAUGCGACCUUCCACGUCCAAUUUCGACCGUUGAUCCCGAGUACACACUCACAGCUAUAAUCGUGUUCUUCUCAUCGCACAAUUUGUCCUAUGUGUUCUCGAAGAUUAAUUUCGCUCGUGCUGAAUUGUACGCCAUCACACUGGCCGUCACCAAGAUGUCCAUCAUUUUCUUCUACCAACGAAUUUUCGAGGGCCCAAAGGUGAAAAGAGUCCUCUGCGGAACGCACAUUUUUAAUAUUCUCCUCGCCUUGUCGUACUUCAUCGCCCAGUUUUUCGUGUCCCAGCCUCUCUACUGCGAGUGGACCUUCAAUCAAGGCCCCGAAUGUACCUACAACGACGUGUGGGAUGGCUCCGGGGCCUAUUCUGCCCUGAACGCGGCACUGGAUCUUUGGCUGGUUGGUGUGGCGGCGUUCCUGAUAUGGAAGUUGCAGAUGAAAGUUACGAAGAAGAUGAGUGUGAUCGCUGUGUUUGCAACGGGAUUCUUUACGUUCUGCUGCGCACUUUUCCGAUUCAUCGUAUGGCGACUGUCAGACAAAGCUCACAAAACCACAUUCCCAUCGCUUACUUGGGCCACAUAUUAUGCGGUAUACAUUGAACUCACUUGCUGCUUCGUCAUCGCCUGUCUUCCAGCCAUACGACAGCUCACGGAUAAAAAGAUCUUGCCCACCAUCAAGGGAUAUAGCACCGCCAUGUCUUCUAGGUACAAAAGUACUAAGGGCGGUAGCACGACUGCGUCGUCGAGGCUUGUGAUUAGCAAGACACAAGAAACCCAGGUCACGAGCAGUGUGCUGGAUCCAAAUGCUAGAAAGGACGACGACUGGAACCCGGACAGGAAUGAAUUGAGAACUAGUAGACAGGUGACAAUUCAUUAA